AUGCCAGCUCUCAGUCUGGUCACCCUGGUCAGCUUGGUGUCCACUGUUUUUGCCAAGCAUCUGGAUGCUCACCCACCCCAACAGCACCACAGGCACUGGGCACCGAUCUGCAGGGGGAAUCCCAGCAACCAAAUCCGAGGCUGUGAUAAAUAUGGUUGUGGCCGUUUCGGUGCUGACAGGCACAGUGGGAAAGGGAAGCACGUGGGUGUGGAUGUCAUCUGUGCCGACGGAGCAACCGUCUACGCUCCUUUCAGCGGCCAGCUCUCCGGACCCAUCCGGUUCUUUCAUAAUGGAAAUGCUAUUGAUGAUGGAGUCCAGAUCACAGGAUCAGAUUUCUGUGUCAAGCUCGUCUGUAUCCACCCCAUCAGAUACCACGGCCACAUCCGCCGAGGGCAACACCUUGGGAGAAUGCUGCCCAUGCAGAAAGUGUUUCCUGGCAUUAUCUCCCACAUCCACGUUGAAAACUGUGACCACUCUGAUCCUACUCAUCUACUUACACCUGAUGUCCCACCAUUCCCACAGCAAGACAGACACUGGGCAACACUGUGCUCAGGGAAUCCUACCAACGAGAUAAGAGGCUGUGACAGAUACGGCUGCGGAUACUACGGAGCUCCAAGACGCAACGGGAAGGGGAAGCACAAGGCUGUGGACGUCAUCUGUGCCGAUGGAGCAACCGUCUAUGCUCCCUUUUCUGGGGAGCUCUCUGGGCCUGUUAAAUUCUUUCACAACGGAAACGCCAUUGAUGAUGGAGUCCAAAUCAGGGGAGCAGGUUUCUGUGUAAAACUGCUCUGCAUCCAUCCUACCAGAUACAACGGUAGAAUUUCCAAGGGCCAAGUCCUUGGAAGAAUGUUGCCCAUGCAAAGAGUAUUUCCUGGGAUCAUAUCUCAUAUUCACGUUGAGAACUGUGAUCACUCAGAUCCUACCAGCAACCUUGAAAGGGGGAAAGGGCGAAGAGAGUGA